ACGGACACAAAAAACACACAACUCAAAAGCCUUUUUUGAUUUCAAAAUCAAACUGCUCUCUCUCUCCUCUCUCCUCUCCCUACCUGGCUACCCUAGUUAAUGGCACGGUUAUCGGCGUCAGACUAGUGUCUCCGGUUUCAAUUGAAACCACAGUUACCGUCGUCGCUUCGGUUCGCCGGAGAAUGGCCGACAAGACGCCGCCAAAUCAGGUUAAUUCGUUUGAAUCAUCUGCUAGGGUGUCGAGUCCGACAUAGAAGGAAAUUGAGAUUGGAGUCGGGAUCAGGGGUCGGAAACGGCGAUCAUGGUGGCGGCGAGAGGGUGCAUGGCGGUGGAGAAGUUGAGGAGGAUUGCACGGACGGUGUUUUUUAUGGUUGCAAUGGUGGUAUCGUUGCUGGUAUCUUCGUUGCCGGUGCUGGUGGCGAUUGCUGAUGUCCUGGUUCCGUGCGUGUUGGUGUCGAGCUUCACGUGCGUGAGAUGCUACGGGUUCAAGGAACAUUUGCGACGAUACGCAUUCAAGAGCUCCUUGACUGAUAUUCCCCUCGUAUCGGUUAUCAGAUCUUUCAUCAUUAUCUGUGUUUAUUCAAUGUGUGAUAACCCUGCACUGUCACAUGGUCCUUACCUUGGAACUGUGACGUUCUGUUCUUUCUUCUCUAUUAUUCUACUUUCGGUCAAGGCUUGUGUUUUCAGUGUAAAUUCUCAAAUGGAAUCUGAAGCUUCAGUUUCGCUCUCAAGGAAAAGGCUCCAUUUGAAGAAGUCGUGGGGAAUGCCUGUCUUGUUUCUGUCAUCUGUAGUUUUUGCCCUUGGUCAUAUCGUGGUUGCUUACAGAACAAGCUGCAGAGCCCGAAGGAAGCUUAUGUUUCACCGUGUUGACCCAGAAGCAGUUCUUUCGUGCAAAAAUGUUUUCUCUGGCUUCCAGAAAGUUCCACGAUCUCCUACUCCCUGUGUAGGGAAAAUCCCCAAGAGUGGUACUGAAAUUAAGCGAAAGCAUGGGAGUGCAGCGCAUGAUGAAGGGGAUGUCCCUAUCAGAUUACUUGCAGACAUUGAUAGCUUAUUUAUAAUAUGCCAGGGGCUUAGCAUACAUUACAAGCUCUGCUUGCCUGGAUCCCCACCUCGUUCUCUAUCCUCCACAGCUUUUCUUGAAUCCACUCCAAACUGUUGCUCACCAAAAACGACUAUGGGAAGUUUAAAACUAUACAGGCAACCUUUUAAUGCAGCACUAAAAUCAGAUAAUCAUCUGCACAGGUGCUAUAGCACUCAAUUUCAUAGUUCUUCCCUAUAUGCUCCACUCUUGGAUGAAACUUCUCCAGUCCUUUCUGAAGAAAUUCCUGUUCUGAGCCUAGAUGAUCACAGUGAAGAGGAUGAUUUGAACUCGCCAACUCAAGAGCAAGAUAUGCAGGAAAAUGAGCAGUUUGGUAUUGUUUUAGUGCAUGGGUUUGGUGGAGGAGUCUUUUCAUGGAGGCAUGUGAUGGGGUUACUGGCUCGGCAGGUUGGUUGCACUGUUGCUGCUUUUGAUCGUCCUGGUUGGGGACUAUCUUCCCGACCACAUCGGAAGGAUUGGGAGGAAAAAGAACUGCGCAAUCCUUACGAGAUAGAAUCUCAGGUUGAUCUGCUCCUUUCUUUCUGUUCUGAGAUGGGGUUUUCCUCAGUGGUGCUUGUUGGUCAUGAUGAUGGAGGCCUGCUUGCUUUGAAGGCUGCACAGAAAGUUCGAGAAUCAAGGAAUUGUUGCAAUGUUACACUUAAAGGGGUGGUUUUGCUAAAUGUUAGCUUGUCAAGAGAAGUUGUCCCAGCGUUCGCUAGAAUACUCCUCCGUACUACACUUGGUAAGAAGCACUUGGUCCGUCCCCUGUUGCGAACAGAAAUUACCCAAGUGGUUAAUAGGCGUGCAUGGUAUGAUGCUAUCAAGCUAACGACGGAGGUGUUGAGCCUUUAUAAGGCUCCACUAUGUGUAGAAGGUUGGGAUGAAGCACUGCAUGAGAUUGGUAGACUGUCAUGUCAGACGGUCCUUUCUCGUCAAAGUGCGGAGUCCUUGCUGAAAGCAGUUCAUGACGUUCCAGUUUUGGUCAUCGCGGGCGCUGAAGAUGCGCUUGUCCCACUUAAAUCUAUCCAGGCUAUGGCUUCAAAAUUUGUAAAUUCUAGACUUGUUGCCAUAUCGGGAUGUGGCCAUCUUCCACACGAGGAGUGCCCCAAGGCACUACUUGCAGCUAUAUCACCCUUUAUAAGCAGACUCUUAUUAAAACCAGAAUUGCAAACCAAUAGGGUAUAUUAAUAUAUAGGCUUGUAAGUGUUACAGGGGGGUCUUUCUCCUCUUUUCCUUGUUUUUUUUCUAAAAGAAAAGUUAGCAAUUUACCCUUAGGGAGAGACUUAUGUCUCAUAUUUUUGGGUAAUUUUGAAGUGCUAGUUUGGAGCCUUCCCUAACCUAAAAUCCUCUAGGGUGUUAGAGCUCUCACUUGUACUAUUUUUUUUUUUCUUCAGAGGUUCAUUAUUUAUUAUUGGAAAGGUUUAAUUAAUUCACUUAAAUUUAUGAACAGUUCUUGCUGUUUGACCACUUGAGUGGUGAAAGAGCUUAUUCUGUACAUGUACCUGAUUGUGAAUGCAUGCAUCUCUGUAGUU